CGACGACCACAAGCUGCGCCAUUCCCUCUGUCACCGCAGCAAUUGGUCUGCCUCCGUCCCGACUCUCCCUCUGUCUCAGGCCUGCCAUUGUCAUGAGCAGCCUGCGUCUCUCCCACGGCGCCGCCGCUGCCGCUGUGCGCGCCGCCGGCCGCUCCUCCGUGCGUGCCAAUGCCGUCCGCAGCUUCACCACCACCGUCGUGCGGGCCAAGCAGCCCGAGGCCGAUGUCUCGUCGCUGCCAAACUUGAGGUAUGCCCAGCGCGCCCCGCAGCCCAUCGAGCAUCGCCCUGUCGUCAACCCCGUCGACAAGUACGCUGAGAAGGGCGAGGCCCUGCACAAGUACGGCCAGUACCUGCUCUCGUGCUUGCCCAAGUACAUACAACAGUUCUCCGUCUGGAAGGAUGAGUUGACCAUCUACAUCCCUCCCUCUGGCGUCAUUCCCGUCUUCACUUUCCUCAAGCUGCACACGGCCGCCGAGUACACCCAGGUCUCCGACAUCACUGCCGUCGACUACCCCACCAAGGACCAGCGCUUCGAGGUUGUCUACAACCUGCUGAGCGUCCGCCACAACUCGCGCAUCCGUGUCAAGACCUACGCCGACGAGGCCACGCCCGUCCCUUCAAUCACCAGCCUGUAUGAUGGCGCUAACUGGUACGAGCGCGAGGUCUACGACCUUUUUGGCGUUUUCUUCGUGGGCCACCCUGAUCUGCGGAGAAUCAUGACGGAUUACGGUUUCGAUGGACACCCAUUGAGGAAGGAUUUCCCCAUGACGGGUUACACUGAGAUCCGCUACGACGAGGAGAAGAAGCGCAUUGUUGUCGAGCCUCUGGAAAUGACCCAGGCUUUCAGGAACUUCAGGGGUGGCACUAGCGCCUGGGAGCAGGUUGGCCCCGGUGAGGACAGGACGCCGGAGAGCUUCAAGCUGCCCACGCCCAAGCCUGAGCCCAAGAAAGAGGAGGAGCAGAAGAAAUAAACCGUUUGACACUUGUAGUAAAUCCUGUAAAUUUAUUUCGCGGUGUCCAACAGAAUCGACAAUUGUUUUUGGCUUGGCGCGCAAGCCAUUCUUGCUUAUGCUUUUCUGUAUAUCCGAAUUGAUCGACUUGCAGCGUGUGACCACAGUGGUCUCGGCAAGAGCUGAGCUUCAGUCCAUUGGUCAUUUCGCAAAUCUUAUAUGUCGCAC